UGUGACUUGCGGUGUUUUGGCAGUUUUCCUUUGAGUCUGAAACCGCGUGAUUGUUCCUAUAUUGACUAAUAAUCUAAGCGGAGAAAUUAAAAUAAUUCUAAGUGAAAAUGGGCGAAAUCGACAGCGGUUUAAAUAUGAAUAUAGUUUUGGUUAUAUUAGCUACAGUUCUAUCAUGCAUUAUCAUACAAUUCAUAUACAAGAACAUUUUUGGCAACAAGAAAUCAAAAACAGAAGAAGAAACUUCGAUGGAUAUGGUGGAACCAAUUGCACCAACGUCCGAAAAUACUGUAACCGAAAGCCGUCCGACCGGAAAGAGCAAGAAGCGCGGAACAUGGAAACAGAAAACAGAAUUUUCUCACCCUUGGCUUCUUAAAAAUCUCAAGGGACAUCCGGGAAACGUUCUUAUGGUGGAUUUCUCUGCGAAUGGGAAGUUUAUGGCUGCAACCUGUGAUGAUGGAUCGGUGAUUCUAUGGGAUGUUCGUGAUCUGAACAGCAAAGAACACAGACAUAUAAGAGUUAAUAUUGAAUUUGACUACGCGUCACACAUCGCCUGGAGCCCUGACUCCAAGGGAUUCAUUGUUCACACAGUCCAAGAAAACCACAUCAUGGGCUACAAGGUUGAGAAGAAAAAGGAUCUCAUUGUUUCUGUUGCGCAUGUCAUCAGUUUUGACAAGGUCCACGUGGAAGACGUGGUCGGUUUCGGUAUAUCCAGUAACGGAAAGUUCAUGAUGUCCUGUUCUGCGAAGACCGAUAUGAUCAUCUACGACCUCAAAGGCCAGAUCCUGGAACGGCUGGACACCUACUUGAUGAACACACAUUCAGCUAAGAUAUCCCCUUGUGGUCGUUUCGUGGUGGCUACAGGUUUUUCACCGGAUGUAAAAGUCAUGGAAGUCUGCUUCACUAGGAAUGGAGAUUUUAAACAGGUGGUAAAAGCUUUUGAACUGACGGGACACAAUUCUGGAGUUUACGAUGUGGCAUUCACACCUGAUACGUCACACAUAGCAACUAUAUCUAAAGAUGGCACGUGGAAGCUAUUUCAUACUAACAUCAAGUACACACUCGGAGAGUCACCGCACGUGUUAGAAACGGGAACCUAUUCGCCAGGAGCUAAUCCGCCACGCAUCGCUCUCUCACCCAACGCCGAAGUACUAGCUUUGGCGUGCGACACCAACGUAUCCUUCUACGAUACCUACACUGGCAAAUUGUUUGGGACCGUCGAGAAUAUCUACUCAAGUUCAAUAAACUACGUAUCCUUCGAUUCAUCAGGUCAGUAUUUGUACGUGUGUGGCGAGCGGGCAGUGCGCAUACUUCAUAAUGUCUGUGGUUGGUCCACUAGUAUUGAUACAUGCAUGAGACUUCUUGCAACUAAACAGACCUCUGCCACAGUUGAAAGACUUAACAAGACCAUCCAGGAAUGUAAGGAGAAGUUAGCAAAGUUUAACAACUAAAGCCCUUAUAUCUAUCUUACAAUAUAUGCAAAUUCGUAAUUGCUCGAAAUGCCAAACGGCUCGUUGCAAUUUGAUUUGUAUUUUUAAUAUAACCAAGUCAAAACUCUGUUAAAUGAGUUUAAUUAUAAGAAGCUCAUGCAUUUAAAUAGUAGUAUUUGAGGGUAGGAUUACUGACCUAUUAAUUAUUGUAUCUGCUAAAAAAUAUUUUUUCCUAUACAUACAAUGGUAAUUCUCAGUUAUUAAUAAAAAUAUUACAUUGUUUCUACUUAACCAGAGGUUUAAUUAAAACUGCAAUAUAAUGAGUAAGUUUUGUGAAUGGGACCUUUAAUAAUAUAAUUGGGCUUUUAACUCUACAAUGAUACAAUUUUGACUUUUGUUUAUAGGUAAACAAAUUUAAUAUAUUGAAAUUGUGAAAAGUUCGAGAACUAAUUAGUGUUUAAAUAUUUUUAAGACAUGCAUUUACGGGAAAUUUUAGUUUUUUUUAAUCUUAGUUUUAUUUGCGCUUGAAGGCUAUGUUUACCAUCUGACAGUGUUUCAUUCUGGUUUAUGCGAGGUUCGAUAGUCAUUUGUGUAUUAAUUGGACUGAACAUCAACUCAACUGUACCACGGAAUAAAUAAGUUUAAAAGGCUCAUUUUCAAAGUCGAAUUUCGUUUGAGAACUAUCUUGGAUACUGAUAUGGAAAAUCUAUGUAGCAUGAUUGUCAUGCACGCUUUGCUAAUGGAAUUGUUGUUUGCCUUUUUAUUUAUCCGUUUCGAGGUAUGUGCCAUACUUGAGGAUUUCACUUUGUCAAUUUAUAAAAGGGUUCUAUUGUAUCCAACAAUUUAUAAAAUGUAUAAAAAAAUUGUCGAUCGUCAUGAUUUGCGUGUUAUUGUAUAAAUUUGUACUCGAGUCGAAAUUUUACAGUCCAAUAUAAUUCUCUCAUAAGAAUUUUUGUUUACUAAGAUCUUACGAAGCUAAGCUAAACCUAAGAUUUAGGGUUUAAGAUUCCGAUAAUGUAAAAAAACGUAUGGCAUAUGACAUACGAGAGUCCUAAUUAGCGCUAAGUUUCCAUUCUGAAUUCCAGCAAGUUUUAGCAUUAUACAUCAGUAUACUUAUAAGCCAUGGAAUGUCUUUGUAACUUUUUUACAAAGCAAAAAGAAAACAUUAUUGAACUAAUUGUUGUUUGUAGUGCAUUUAUCGAUAAGACGAUUUCUGAAACUGCGGACGGAAACUGGUAUAUUGUUAGGCCGAAAUUUAGCUUUUCAUAUUUGAAUUAUUUCACGUGUUCCUACUUGUAAACUUUAAUAACUAUUUUGUAAUUAAAACUGAACUUUUACACUAAAUUUAUUUUGAGAAGUGUUUUCGAAAUUGAUCUCUUGGUUUAAUAAAAUUUUGUAUUUA